AUGUCCUGGCCUGGUGGAGUGUCCCCAAAUUUCCUUCCACCGUGGCCAUCCCCCAAGGGGAGGGUGAAGAAGCGGAAAUGUUCCACGGGGGAGGAAGCUGUGGAAUGUGGCCAGGGUCUCCACCAGGCAAGAGCCUUGUCAGCCUUUUUCCUGCACCGGAAACCGCAGGAAACCAGACUGGCAGCCCCGCUCCUGCUACUCGUUGGCCUCUCCGUCUCUGCUGGGAUUGGCUGCCUUUACCGGCUCCUUUUCUACCUCCUGGUGCAGAAAUCCAAAAAGUCUGGCAAGGUCAAGUUCUAUCAGAAACCCAGGGUGCCAACAGUUGUGUCCGGGGAGGCUGGGACUGCAGAUCUGCCCUAUGAACUCCUUCUGCCCCGCCCGGGCACAGAGGCGAGCCGGGGAAAAUGUGGGGAUGCACCACUCCCCAGUUCCUCCACAUCCUCGCCCACAACCCUACACUGCUUCCCCUCGGUGUCCUGCCAGCCCAAGCAGCGGCACCACAGCGAGCCAGAGCCGCCGUACGUGUUAGUGCGCGUUACUGACGACAGCCAGCACAGCCAAAUGGUCAUGGCCCUGACGCUCCGCUGCCCGCUGAGGCUGGAGGCUUCCCUCUGCCAGAGGUUCGACCCGCAUGCCCCCGUGAAGCUCCCCAAUGCCGCUGCUCGGGAAUCAGAAGGCAUGAGGAUAUGGUAUGCGUUGGAGAAGGUGGACUUGCACCCCCAGCUCUGCUUCAAGUUCUCAUUUGAAAACAGCAGCCAUGUGGAAUGCCCCCACCAGAGUGGGUCUCUGGCCUCCUGGAAUGGGAACAUGGACACCCAGGCCCAGCGGCUGAUUCGCCACUUCUCCUCGAGGACACAGGCCUCCUUCAGUGCCACCUGGAGCCACCCAGGCUCGGAGCUGGACACCUUGGUGGCCCCUGGGUACAGUGUCAGCCAGACUCAGGGCUCGGGCCCAGUGACACUAGACCUCAUCAUUCCUUUCCCGAGGCCGGGGGGGCGGGGGGGCUGUGUUCGGGUGUGGAGAUCCGACGUGCCGUUGGCUUGGAAGCACGGGUUGUGUCCCAGUGGGCUGGGAUUACGGGCAUGGGUCACCACACCCAGCUUUAGAGAGGGUUUUCUCCACAAAGGAAAGGAGCUUUGACCCCGGUUGACCACAAGGACAAAGGUGGGGCAGGAGACCAUGAUUCAGAAAGAUGAAUAAAGGCCAAUGUAAUAACUGAAGGAACAC